AUGAUCGAACCCAUCGGGAAUCAGUACGUUGUGGCCAGGCCAGUGUAUUCUGCAAACGCUUUUGGGGAAGAACAUAAGAAGAAAGAAAGACAUCAUAAGACACCUCUGGACCAUCUCAAAAAGUUGUGCGGCUGUUCUGCACAAAAGGCCAAGAAAAUUGCCUUCUCUUUGUUCCCCAUAGCAUCCUGGCUGCCAGCAUAUCGCAUAAAGGAAUGGCUCCUCAGUGACAUUGUUUCUGGAAUCAGCACAGGGCUGGUGGCUGUGCUGCAAGGUUUAGCAUUUGCUCUGCUAGUCACCAUCCCCCCAGGCUAUGGGCUAUAUGCAGCCUUUUUCCCAGUCAUCAUCUACUUUUUCUUGGGCACUUCUAGACACAUAUCUGUGGGUCCGUUUCCAGUUCUGAGUAUGAUGGUGGGAGCAAUAGUUGUCAGAUUAACCCCAACAGACAAUACAGCUGAUUCAGCAAUCGCGAAUAGCACAAUGACUAAUGAUUCAUCAAUAGAUGAGCAGAAGGUGAUGGUGGCUGCCACAGUUACAAUUCUUUCUGGAAUCAUCCAGUUGCUGAUGGGGGUUCUACGGCUGGGCUUCGUGGUGAUUUAUCUAUCUGAGUCCCUUAUCAGUGGCUUCACCACCGCUGCCGCUAUUCAUGUUUUGGUUUCCCAGCUCAAAUUUAUGUUUCAGCUGACAGUCCCGGCACACACCGAUCCAUUUUCACUUUUUAAAGUCCUAGAGUCCGUAUUCUCACAAAUAGAGAAAACUAAUAUUGCAGACCUUGUGACAUCCUUGAUUAUCCUGUUGGUGGUAUUUGUGGUUAAAGAAAUAAAUCAGCGCUUCAAAGCCAAGCUUCCAGUGCCCAUCCCAAUUGAACUCAUUGUGACUGUGAUCGCAGCAGGUGUGUCCUAUGGCUUUGACUUCAAAACCAGGUUUAAUGUGGCUGUGAUUGGGGAGAUGAAACCUGGGUUUCAGGCCCCUAUCACACCUAGCAGGCAGACUUUCCAAGAUAUCAUCGGAGACUGCUUUGGUGUUGCCAUUGUUGGCUUUGCAGUGGCCUUUUCUGUGGCCAGCGUCUACUCCCUCAAGUAUGAUUAUCCCAUCGAUGGCAAUCAGGAGCUGAUCGCCUUGGGAGUGAGCAACAUAUUCGGUGGAUCGUUCAGAGGAUUCGCAGCAAGCACCGCUCUCUCCAGAUCGGGGGUCCAGGAGAGUACAGGAGGCAAAACUCAGAUAGCUGGCCUUAUCUCUGCUAUCAUUGUGCUGAUUGUCAUCGUCGCCAUCGGAUUUCUCCUGGAGCCUCUACAAAAGUCUGUCCUGGCAGCUUUAGCACUUGGAAACUUGAAAGGAAUGCUGAUGCAGUUUGCCGAAAUACGAAGAUUGUGGCGAAAGGAUAAGUAUGAUUGUCUAAUCUGGGUCAUGACCUUCAUCUUUGCCGUUGUCCUGGGGCUCGGUUUAGGCCUGGCAGCUAGCGUGGCAUUUCAGCUCCUGACUAUCGUCUUCAGGACUCAGUUUCCCAAAUGCAGCACACUGGCCAAUGUUGGAAGGAGCAACAUCUAUAAGAAUAGAAAAGAUUAUUCUGAAAUAUAUGAACCAGAAGGCGUGAAGAUUUUCAGAUGUCCAUCUCCUAUCUACUUUGCAAACAUUAGUUUCUUUAAGCAGAAACUUAUCGAUGCUAUUGGCUUUCGUCCACUUCGAAUUCUUCGCAAGCGGAACAAGGCUUUGAAGAAAAUCCGAAAACUGCAGAAGAAAGGCCUGCUACAAGUGACACCAAAAGGAUUUAUAUGUACUGUUGAUGGCUUUAAAGAUUCUGAUGAAGAGCUGGACAAUGAUAGGAUAGAAGAGCUGGAUCAGCCCAUCAAUACCACAGACCUGCCUUUCCAAAUAGACUGGAAUGCUAAUCUUCCUCUCAACAUUGCGGUCCCUAAAAUCAACCUCCACAGCCUCAUUCUUGACUUUUCAGCAGUGUCAUUUCUUGAUGUUUCUUCAAUGAGGGGUCUCAAAACGAUUCUGCAAGAAUUUAUCAGGAUCCAGGUAGAUGUGUAUAUUGUUGGAACUGACGAUGACUUCAUUGAGAAGCUUACACGGUGUGAAUUUUUUGAUGAUGAAGUCAAGGACUCAAUAUUUUUCUUAACAAUCCAUGAUGCUGUUUUGCAUAUUUUGAUGAAGAAAGAUUACAGUACUUCAAAGUUUAACCCCAGUCAGGAAGUAGAAGCAAAAUUUGAUGAUUUCACCAUCAAUACAGAUGGAGGAUUACGUAAUCGGGAAUGUCAGGUAAGAAUCUUCAGCAGGUUUAUGUAUACAUAGACAGUAUGACGACGAACUUUCAAAAAUGCUGAGGCCUCUUCCAGCACGCUACAGAAAGUCCAGGACCUGUUUGAGCCUCUGUGCCUCAUUCCGAGAAAACGGAAGCAAUCCCAAUCUAGUAGGGACAUUGGGGGAAAAUAAACUCAGAUCAAUACAAAAACAGACGGAAAACAGUGAUACUAGACCUCUUAGUGUAAUACUGAGCAUAUAGACAGAGGAUGUUUUAUGUUUUCAAAGUAUUUACAACCAAGAUCUUAUUCUGGUCUUGUCAUAAUCCAUGAGGCAGAGAAGGAAAUAACUAUUUCUACCUACAGAUGAAUUCGUGGUGGAGCUGAGAAGCUAAGUACACCUCCUGACCCCUAGAGGCAUGGGAAGCCCCUAGCCAGUAUCCUAGCUCAGUGCUGAAUGUUAGUUCCUUCACCUCCUUACUAGAAAGAGUUGCCGAAUCAUUUAACUGUAUAGUGCCAUUUCAUUCUAGAACAUUCAUUUCUAGAAUAUUCGGUCCUUUAAAGGUCUGUCCCUAGUUUAGGAAAAGCAGAACUACAAAUCAAAAUGAGUAUCCCCUAUAAAGCAAGUAUAUGGUAGGUACAUUACAUUCAUGAUCUCAAUCUUUACAAUGACAUGCAAAGAAGAUAUCUUCAUUUCACAAAUGAGGAAAUUAGAAGGGCUCAGAGAGUUAAACUAAUUUGUUUAGGGUCAUGCACCAAAUUGACAGGAACAGGAUUUGAAGCAAGAUCUGUCUGAUGUCAAGAUCUAUGCUCUACAGACUAUAUUAUACUGGCUCUAUCCUUUGGUGAAAAACUAUCAGAAGUGAGGGUCCCAAGGAAGAAUCCAAUGCUUUUCUUCUUCUCUCAUAUGAAGAAAGGUCUAAGAAGAGUAUCACAAAGGAAUUUAAAUUAGAAGCAAUGUAAUAGCAUAAGAUAACCCUGCAUGAUUAUUUAGAGUUCAAAUAGAAAAACCUUAGAUAAAAAAGGCAUUCCAGAAAUUUAGACAUACCUGAGGGGUGAGGGGAACCAUGAUUCUGCUUCCCAGGCCUGUUUUCCAGGGAAAUGCACACCUAGCACCUUGUCUGAGGACUCUAUAAAGACAGCCUUACCAGAAACCCUCUGCCCAGCAGCUGGACUCAGAAUUGUCACCAAGUUUUAAGGGAUAAAGUAAAGGAACAGAAUAUCAAUCCAAUGUCUGAUCAAAGCUUUAGAACCAACUGUCAGACAGAAUGUAGUCAAUACCAUCCUGUAUCUGUUUCCCUAUAUUAAAACAAAAACAAGCAUUUAACACAAGCCCCUUGCAUUACUUAGAGGAAGAUAAAUCGACGGUUGUGGUUAGGCCACCAGUGGUGAUUCAUGUAAAAGCUGAGUGUCCCUGGCCAGCACACAUAAGCCCUUGGAGUUUGUGUGGCCCCUGAAACAAAUGUGAAGAAAUAAUUAUUACAACACAUUAUAUUAUUUUGGUUAAAUUAGGCCUUUGAAAUAUACACUUCUACAACAACAUAGUAUCACAUGGGUCUACAUUAACCAAAUAUCCCUGGAAGAUGUUUGAUCAUUAAAAUUGAAGACAAAUUUGUUGGUGAAUCUGGUAAAUUCUAGCCCCCAAUUUUAAUCAGAUUUAUCAUGUUUACUCCUUUUAAAUACAAGAUAUGAUUAUUAAAAGGGAGAGAACUUAACAAGUCUUUUAAAACAUGAACUUUCUCUCUUCUUCCAGGUAUCAAUUGAAACAAAAUUCUAAACAAAAUAUAAUUCAGAGAGAUCCUCAUCUGUCACAUAAAGAAGAACUUUAUACCCAGAAAGUUAUUGAUAAGUUCAUACAUUGUAUGAAGAGUAUUUCUGACAGAAAUUAUGUUUCAAACUUUGGAACGAGAUUGUUCUAGCAUGGUAUAUUUUUCACAUAUCUAGUAACCAAUUAUGUAAAUACUUUUAAUUUUCUACCUUGUAGAUUUAUCAAAAGAAAAUUAUUUUGUUUAUAAGUAUUUUUAUAGCACUGACAGAUUUCCAUCCAAGUCACUACUUCUGUGCCUAUUUUGCAGUGCACUUGCACCAUUGCUUUGAAUCUUGUAAUUUAUAUAGUUCACACUAAUAUAUAUUCAUUUUAAAAAAUCAAUUGUAUAAUAGGUGUGUCUUGCUUUAUUAAGUUUCUUAUUAGCUUUCUGAUACAUGCUUGCUGAGUCCUCUUUACAGUGAUCUGACUAGAAACCUGCUACAUGAGAAUCCUUCUAACCUUUCUGCAAUGAGACUUGUAUUUUAUAAAUCUGUUAUUUAUGUAACAGAAAUUAAACAUCAUCACCAACA